AUGUUCAAAGAUAAGGACUUCUCCAGCAACGAGAAGGCUGGGAGUUCCAGCAGAGCCCAGUCUCUGUUGUCAGUGCAUACACAAGAAUAUGACCUUGAAGUGUCCAAGUCUGUUCCAGUUGCCUUGGCCGAGGGCCAUAAGCUUAAGAGAGAUUUGCAGAGUAGACACAUCACCAUGAUUGCUAUCGGUGGUGCUCUUGGAACGGGUCUCCUGAUUGGUACCACCUCAGCUCUUGCAAGCGGUGGCCCAGGUUCUGUUUUCGUUGCUUAUUCAAUUGUGGGACUAGUGGUCUACUGUGUGAUGUGUGCUCUGGGUGAAAUGGCUACAUACAUUCCUUUGCCCGAGGGUUUUGCUGGUUAUGCUUCUAGAUAUGUCGAUCCUGCUCUCGGAUUUGCUGUGGGUUAUUGUUAUCUUUUCAAGUAUCUCAUCAUCACCCCAAACCAGUUGGUGGCUGCUUCCUUGGUACUACAGUACUGGGUCGAUGCCGAUAGGGUGAACCCGGGAGUGUGGAUUGCAAUUUUUCUGGUGGUUAUAACGUUCAUCAACUACUUUGGUGUCAAGUUCUUUGGUGAGUUCGAGUUUUGGCUCUCUUCGCUCAAAGUUAUUACCGUUGUUGGUCUAAUUAUCUUGCUGUUCGUUCUCAUGCUGGGUGGAGGCCCCAACCACGACAGAACUGGAUUCCGCUACUGGAAAACGCCUGGCUCGUUUAAACCGUAUGAUGGUGUCGAGCCUGAUUCACUCGCCAAGUUCGUGUCAUUCUGGUCCGUUUUUGUCUACGCUACCUUUGCCUAUUUGGGAACAGAACUGGUGGGUGUCGUUUUUGGAGAAGCGCGCAACCCUCGUCACAGCAUCAAGAAGGCCAUCAAACUCACCUUCUACCGUAUCCUGUUCUUCUACUGUCUCUCUGUGCUUCUUUUGGGAUGCUGUGUUGCCUACAACGACCCUAAUCUGCUCGCAGCCAAGAAGAGCUCCACUUCCAGUGCCGCAUCUCCUUUCGUCGUUGCCGCCAAGAACGCCGGAAUUGGAGUGCUGCCACACAUUAUCAACGCGGCGAUUCUGAUCUUCAUCUUCUCGGCGUGUAACUCUGACUUGUACAUUGCUACGAGAACCCUCUACGGAUUGUCCGCCAAUGGAAAAGCACCCAAGGUCUUUUCCAGAACCAACAAAAACGGUGUCCCUAUUUAUGCAUUGGCUUUUGCUUGUGUUUUCUGUUGUCUUGCUUUCAUGGCGUGUUCUUCCAAUUCGAAGACCGUUUUCAACUACUUCGUCAACGUUGUUUCGAUCUUCGGUCUUCUGACGUGGGUUUCCAUUCUGGUCACCCACAUCUUUUUCAUGAAGGCUCUUGCUGCCCAGGGAAUCAAUAGAAAGACUGAUCUCGUUUACAAAGCACCUUUCCAGCCUUAUGCUUCCUACUUUGCUCUCUUCAUGUGCAUUCUCAUCUCCCUCAUUAAGAACUUCACCGUCUUCAUCGGAGGAUUUGAUUACAAAAAUUUCAUCACCGGUUACAUUGGUAUCCCUGUUUACCUCAUUUCUCUAUUUGGCUACAAGAUCAUUAUGCGCUCGAAGCGUGUUAGGCCAGAGGAGGCUGAUCUUUACACCUACAAGGAUGUGAUUGACGCCGAGGAGGCUGAAUGUCUCAAAGAAGACGAGGAGGCGAAGGCUGCAAGGGCUGGACGCCCACAUGACCUCAGCUGGUUCUACGAAACCUUUAUUGGCUGGUUGUUCUAA